AAACAGCUCAAUGUGGAAAUCAAAAUGGCAGGAAAAGCUAGAGAGAAAUUCCGGCAAAUUGAUUCGGAAGGAGCUCAAACAGUUGCAUCAGAAGGUCAACCAAAAGAGAAGCAUGGAAGCAAGUGGGAUAAAAAAGCAGGUGCAACGCCGGAGCCGAUCAACAGGAGAGUGGUCGAGGACGAAGGUUCGCUAAGUUGA